AUGGCAAGAAGCUACGAAGAUCGAAUGGGAAGAAGGAGUAACUCAUCCAGGGAAAAAUCCGUGCGACGGAGUGCCGACCAAAUGGAAGACGCACUAUUUAGUUACCCAGAUAAAAAUUUCCCACUGGAGGACCCCAUUUUGCUGAACGGUAAGGAAGCAAAUAGUUGUCCUGAAGACAGUUUCGCUGAAAUGAGAAAGAACUCGAACGACGACGGAAGUAGCUAUGACUCCCUGGUGGAAGACUUCUUUGGAAACGCUAUAAAGAAUGCCAGAAAAGAAAUAAAAAACGAAGGAGAACGGGAUGGGGAAAGUGAGCGCAGCGGAGCUAAUGCCAAAGGCAAGGAGGCUGCCUCAGGGGCGAACACAAAGUCCGAGACGGAGUACGACGGAGAGCGCCAACAGAAAAUGAGCAUUAAGGAAAAAGUAAUACAAUGGAAUAGUGAAGUAUUAAGGGGAAAUAUCAACAGACCACGUAUGCCUUUAAUGAGAAAAAAAAAAAAAAACAUACACCUGUUAACAGGAAGAAGAAGGAAAAAUAAUGUAUCCAAAGGGAAGAAUGCCAAAGUAGCUAGCCGGGCCAAACACGCCAACGAGUGGAAUAGCUAUCAGAAUGAUAUGGGUAAAUAUAAACUCACCAAGGAAGAACUGGAACAAAAAAGAAAUAGCUUGAAGUCCAAAAAUUUAGACAAAGUGAAAGUGGAGUAUCAGGAAAGGCUGCAACGGAUGAGGACCUGGAAAAACAAUCCGCCCUCGGCACGUAGGUCCGCUCCUUGCGAUGGAUACACAUGUGCGGCGGGAAUCAUCACAAGGCCUACCACUUGUAUCACCACAAACAACAGCGCAACCACUAUUAACAGGACUAACAUAGUCGCCACCAAUGCACCUUCCAACAGAGUGCACAAAAAAGCAAAAGAAGAAUCAGCGCUUAGCAAAGAUGACACACAAAGGAAAAGAGCACAUCCAUGUUCCUCUCUUCAAUGGAAUAGCAAAAAGGAUUAUUCAAAAUUAAAACAAACCAGUAUUAAUAGAAUGGAUAAAAGGAAGAAAGGAAAAGGACAACAUAUUUUGUCUGAUGUGAAUAAUGAUCAUCUGGGUAACCUCUUGUAUAAGGACAUAACCUUUUCUUACAUGCAUAGGAAUGGGAAAAAGUAUCAUCCCUCACAGGACCACUUAAUACACAGAGAUGUUUUUCCUCUCACAAGAGGGCAAUACAUGGGUUGGGACCAAGAAAAUAGAAGAGUGACUGAACAGAAGAAGGAUAAUCAUCCCCUUCAUGUUAGAACCCACCGUUGGACAAUUACACAAAGGAAGAACAAAUAUACCCAUUUGGACAAAGGGAGUGUUUUAAAUAAGUCACAUGGUUCGAGUCAAAUUGCAGAUAAAGGAAUUUUGCACGAAAAUUACCUUGGUAGUAGCGCUGAUGAGUAUAACAGUUUAUUAAAUGUACUCUCUAGUGAGGGUGAGUUUGGCGCUUCCCACUACUCCAGUUACUCCUCCUCCCAUUCGAUGAGGAGGCGUAGAGGGAAACGUGCCCCACAGAAAAUUGCACUCAUCAAGUGGAGGGACAAAUCGUACGCUAACCACGAAGCAGAACAGCUCCCUUGGUGGGCAAAAGAAAAGGAGAGAAACUGCGAUCAUUCUUAUUCACAUAACAACAGCAGUGACAGUGAUGGCAUGACCAUGUCGACUGACAGAUUAGCAUCCACAGGAGAGAGCACCAUGGAUUACUUUACAGAAGAGUUAAAAAAGAGGAACGAAGUUUUUUCACCCAUUAUGGACAGAAUUAACUUCAGGAUGGACUCUCCGGAAGUUGAAGGUUGUUCCUCCCCUGUGAGCAGGAAGAAAUUCAAGGAAAAAAAAUUUUAUCCAAACUUGGGAAUUAAAUUAUUCGUGGAUGAGGGUUGCAGGCUACUGCACUCUAACCGUUCCCACUCGAACAGUUCUCCUUCCAGUGGUGUUUCCUCCGCGAGUAGUACACAGGUUGAGCACUUAUGGGUUUCCGAUUACACAGAUGAAAUACAAAAACUGAGGUACACCCCUCAGAUGGACCAGGACAUACUAAGGCUGAAAAGAGUAAAACUGGAGACAUUCCGCUGUAUUAAAAAGAUGGUGGAGUCGGUUAGAACGUUCAGUUGUGAAGAGGACCUGGAGGAAACGUUGUCAACAGGAGAGAAAGCAUCACCUUGUGCAGCGCAUCAGAUGGUCGAACGAAUGGGAGAUAACCCAUUGAUGGAACAUCACUUCCGAGAAAACGAGCACGUGUACGCAGAUGUGCAUCCAUCGCAGAUACAACAAACAGGCUACACAAAUAACGAAAUGCAGGAACAUUAUGAAGAACCCAAAUCCAUCCACAGUGAAUAUAAUAAUUACGUGUACUUCGAUCAGCUCCACCACCAAGGGAAUGACACGUCCAUUUCAACCCUUCUGCGUGGUCAUAAAAUGGAAGUGCCGCUCCAUCAGGACCAACUGCGUGAAAAUUUCCAAGCGGGGAAUUAUCCAGAUAAAGAUGUCCUACUGGUAACCAACAUAAGUGACCACCCAGAUCACAGUAACGAUAUUUUAAAUUGCCAUUUUGUUGAUAAAAUUGCUACAGUAAGAUCGAAUUCCCGUGGACACUUGUCCAGGUUGGACCUCACUGGGGGUAACUUGCAGAAUGGGGGAGGUCUUAGGGAAGAGGUGGUAUUUGUUCCUCAGGGAAGAAGUGCGCGCGGUUGGAAGGGUCAUCAUGUAGGAGAGGCUACCGCAGAAAUAGAUAUAACCGCCCCUAAUACGACCACGAAUAAUAUGACCACCAAAAAUAUGACCACCAGGGAUCUGCACGUCGGGGAGAUGCUCAGGCGGACAGACACAGUCACCUGUGCUGCCAAAAAGGGACCCCUGACGAGACAGCGCAGCGGCAUCAAGGAAUCCCAAAGGGUCCCCAACAAGAAGGAAGGUAACCCCAGCGUCGAAUCAAUUUCAAGGACAUCGAAAGGGAAUGGUAAAGGUGCCUUGAAGAAGAAAAUUCAAACAGGAGCGGACACUAGAAAUGCGAGUCAGCCGACUCGUAAUAGUACACGGAAGGAGAAGAACACGUUUAACGAAACGAAGACACUGUUGAAGGGUAAUGUGAAAGGCGAGGUAAAAGGUGUGACGUUGACAUCGCGCAGGAAGGUUAGCAGUGUGCACGCUAUUGGCGGCACGACCAACAGUACAGCGAAAGAUGUAAAGGACAAUACAACUGUCGACACGCGCGGACAGAGACUGAUCAGCCAGAAAAUUCUAAACACGUCCAUCAACUUCGAUGAUACGCAGAACCUGAGUGAUGAAGACCAAUUCAUUUUUGAUACCUACCUGAAUGAGGCCGCCGACAAGCGGGAGGACAAGCGGGAGGAUAAGCGGGAGGAUAAGCGGGGGGACAAUUUGGAGGACAUCAUCCGGAACCAGGUCGCACUCUUCGAGCGAGAUUUCCUAUGA